AUGUCUUCCUCCAUGACUACCUCGGCGCCAACCACAACCUAUCCCUAUUCAUACACCACAUUCACUAAUGCGUCACCGGAGCCCUUCACAACGCCAACGGCCAUACCCUCCAUGUUCCCAUGGGGCGGCCUCCCAUCCAGCGCCUGCCCCGCUCCAUCCAACGCCCCCUCGUCUGACCCCGACGUGCCCUAUAUCCGCCCCGACGGCAAGUUCGGCAGCUGCGCAAUCAGCAACGUGGAAUCCGUCAACGACCACUCCUUCUGGGACAUGUACGACUGUUGCAACACGGGCAAAAUGACCGCAACCGGCGCCACUCUGCCCUGCACCUCCAUUUGCUAUGCAAACGAACAGCGCAGUUUCCUCGAGAUUGGCGAGUGUCUGAGUAAGAGGAACAAGAUUGUCGUGUGUAGUCCGCCUGAGGAUCAGAGGGGCGAGCCGAAGAGUUCGGGUUCGGGUGAGAGUAAGAGUUCGAGCAGUGCGAGCGCUACCAAGGCGGAUACGACGGUCGUCAGCGCAAGGCCUACGGCGGCGGCGGCCCAGGGUGCGGCGAACACGGUUGCGGGUGGGCAGGGUGCGGCGUCCAAGGCUGGUUUGGUGGUGUUUGGCCUCAUGGCCUUGUCGUCUGCUGCGGGCAUGCUGCUGUAA